AUGGUCAGCAAUAAUAUCCCAACAACCCAACUCAAUGACGGAACCUCGGUUCCUAUACUUGGAUAUGGAACAGGAACUGCAUGGUAUAAGAGCUCCCAGGAUACCGAAAUCAACCGUGAACUAGUGGAUGCGGCUAAGAGCGCCAUCCAGUUGGGAUACAACCAUGUCGAUGGAGCAGAAGUCUACGGAACCGAGGCAGAAUUAGGUCUUGCUAUCCAAGAAAUCAAUCGCCCUCGGGAUAACCUCUUUGUGACCACCAAGGUUUAUCCGAGUAUCGCCGAUAUUCCUGCUGCUAUCGAUAAGAGCCUGAAGAAGCUUCAGCUUGAUUACGUCGAUCUAUACUUGAUCCAUGCUCCCUUCUACGCUACAACUGAGGGGGAACUUCAGGCAGCCUGGGCAGCCAUGGAGCAUGUCCAGGCCUCUGGGAAAGCUCGAUCUAUCGGAGUAUCCAACUUCUUGCAGAGUCACCUGGAAAGCAUCUUGAAGACUGCCAAAGUUAUCCCUGUUGUGAAUCAGAUUGAGUUUCACCCAUAUCUCCAACAUGGAGACCUGCUCUCAUUCCACGAGAGUAAAGGGAUCAAAACCGCCGGCUAUGGUGGUUUGGUACCGAUUACUCGGGUUCGUGGGGGGCCAUUGGAUCCAUUGAUAUCGGCUCUAGCUGUGAAGUACGCUGUGAGCGAAUCGGAGAUUCUGUUGCGCUGGACCCUAGACCGUGGCUGUGUGGCAAUCACCACCAGUAGUAAGGAAACACGGUUAGCUAGUUAUCUGCGCACCCUGACCUUCAAACUCACCCCUCAAGAGGUAGCUGAGAUAUCUCAGUUGGGUCAACAACAUCAUUAUCGGGCAUUUUGGCCAGAGAAGUUUGCAGAGGAUGACCGUUCCUGA